AUCAAACACGAAAAAGUGAGCACAUUCAGUUCGUCAGCGCCGUCAGUAGAUGAGGGAAAAAAUUCUGCACGCAUCUAAAGUUGUUAGUGAUAAUAUUAGCAAGUAGUGUUAUUUCAUUUCGGUCAAAUAAUCUGGUACGAAAGUGCGUUCAGUCCGCGGAAAAAGUAAUUGUCAAUGCAUGUCUGGAGCAUUUUCAUUUUGAUUUUCACUUGCGGCGUUUAAAACAUGGCGUCGUCCAGUUCGACCAAUUUGAUUCAAUCGAAUCAGCAGCAUUCGCAGCACCGUAGUCCUUAUACGAAGAUCAAGCAAGAUUCGAAGUUGAACGUUGCUGCCCCAGCGUUCGUUUAUCCCUCCUUCAGGAGCUCAUCGUCUGCCCGUGCGUUACGUGGUGGGGAAAGCAUGCCCGAAAUAGGUUAUAUCGGCCCAACUCAACUUCCGGUCAACAGUCGGGUUUGGAGCAGCAUUUCCAGCUAUCCCUUGGAGCAAUUUGCUUCGUACCAAAGUACAACUCCCAAUCAACUGUUUCAGUACUACCAGAAGCAACAACAACAACAACAGCAUCGAGAAGUUUCUCCAUCGCCGUCUUCGAACUAUGAACCGUUGCAUCAGUUCGGACCAACGGUGCUGACAAAUGGUAUCAUUCAGCUGCGUUUGCGCAACUCUGUGGUCAUUGAGAUGACAGUGGACCGUUCAGUGAAGCUGAUCAACCAUCACGAACGGGUGACUAUCGCCCUGUCCAGUACGGGAACUUCAUCCGCACUGACACAUCCGAACGGGAUAGUCUUCCAGAACGGAUCGCGCGUUGAUAUUGCCGCGUUCGACGGCAGAAUGAAAAACCCUUAUGUCCGUUAUGCCAAGAUGUGGCAAAAAGGAAUAAGCCUAACGAGCGAAGGUUGCGCCCUUAUUUAUCUCGUUGAUGCAGCAGGGACUCGAACCACAUCGGAUGUUAUCAACAUCGAUCCGAAGGUCGACUACAUCAGCCCGGUGUUCUACAACGGGACGCGCAUUGGUACUCAGUUCUGUCAGGAGGCAAAUCAGAUUGCUCAGUGCUGCAACUUUUGGCUGAAUGAUGACGGCACGGAGACCUUUCAUCUCAAUGGGUUCCGCAUUCAACAAACCGUGGAUGGUUUGGUGAAAAUAGCUAGGACCAACAAUCGGUGCAACAUACGGACAAGUCCUACUAAUGGUUCGGCUACUAUCACAACACCCUACAUUCACUGCACCGCCUCAAUGGGACAGACGUCGCAUCUCUUCGUGCGUCGCGAAGAACGUCGCAUGCAUUUCGAUGGAUCCUCUUUUGUGGUUCGCAAUGCUGGCCAUUCGGCAGGAUUUGAUGAAUGGAAUCGACUACGAGUGUACUAGAUGGAGGAUAGAAAGUUUUUUCUAACCGUUAUACUGGAAACAGUGUCCAGUAAUAUUUACUACUCAGCAUAACCAAUUGAUGUUUAAAUUAGUGAGAAGUGAGUGGCACACGUGAGAGAACGCACUAUACUCUACCGUUUGCCUAUGUGCUUUUAUAUUUACUAGUGUAAUUCGUAUAUUUUAUCACUUGACUCUAUAUUAUCCGUUGUCUUGACAUACCCUCUUCGGAAGUGAACUAUUAACUAGUGUAAAUGUAGACCGCAGAGGAUGAGGUUCAAAUUCAAUUGAAUUGAAUCAAAAUUAUUUUUCGUUGCGAAUAA